CAAAAUGGCCUCAAAUGCAGGUCUGAAAAGUAGCUUGGCUUUAUAGGCCAUGCAAUGGCUUCACAGGCCAUGAUUGGUUGGAGGAGGCUGGUAUUCCUGCUUGGCCCAUGUCAAGCCGCGAUGUUGAACUGCGACGCGGGUGAAUUGGCACCUCUUGCAGUUGGCGAUCCUGUCUUCGUAUGCGUGUUUAUGUCAACCCAGCCUGUCAAAAAGAUGGUGUUUCAGAUCAAGGUAGAAGAGUCAGCAGAACUGGUGCUGAAGGGCUCGGCGCUUCUUGCCAUCGGUCCAAAUGAUUCUCAACCACUAUAUACGUGGGUGUCAAGAUCACAUGCUGGUCCAUCGCACCCAUUGGAUUGCAGCAACUCCACGGAAAUGGAUGCACGAGGAAGCUAUCUCAGUUGUCCCCAGAUUUGCGCACGUUCCGCGAUGGUGGCGCAGCUGACCAACCUUGUUGUGAACCUGCGAGAUGGCGAGGUGAGUUCUUUUGCAUGGGACAACACGUGCAGUGGCUGUGCGCCGAGCAAAUGCAUGCAAAGUAGCCAAAGUCUUGAGAACUUCACAGAGGGAUCCGAGUUUUUCCAGCAAGGUACCUGUGGCGUUGGCCGCGAUGUUUGUGUAGGCACACCUGCGGCGUGCGAUCUGAGGGUCUUCGUGACCUGGGUUGGACACUGUCACAGCAACGUGCCCGCGAAUCAGCACAGCUCAGGCCGGAACGGACAAGCGGGGAAGGAACCUCAUUUCGGCUGGCUCUCGACUCUCAAAGUUGACAGGUCCAACCAUGGCUUCCCUUUACGAGACGCUCAUGGAUGGCUAUUCGCUGGCUUCACAGGCAGUUUCGGGUGCACGCUGACCAGUGAUUCGCUAAUGCCCUCAAAUCGGGAAGCGCCACAUCAUGGGAUGUGGAAUCAGAGAAGGGCGUCAUUGCCCAACCAACGUACAGCAUAAAUAUCCCGGGUAUUCUUCGGGCAUUUGCUCCGGGCCUUGUGUCACCGCUCUUUGCCUCAUAUGUACAGUGCUGACUCGUGGCCGGCAA